AUGCUUUUUGUUUCGGAUGUUGCUUGUACGUCUGAACAAGAACUUAUACGAAAACUAUUGCAAUACUAUGAACCAUCAGUCAGACCAGUACUUCAAGCUCAGGCAGUAGUCAAUGUUUCAUUUCGAAUGGAAAUUACUCAAUUAUUUGAGCUUGAAGAAAAAACACAAAUAUUAACAACUAAUGUACGUAUCGAACAAAAAUGGCGAGAUGAAAAUCUCGCUUGGAGUCAAACCGAACAUGAUGGGAUACGUGGCAUUCGUUUGCCAUCACAUCGAAUAUGGCUACCUGAUACUUAUAUUUAUAAUGCAGCUUUUGAUCUUUCUAGUCAAGCACCAACACAGGGAGUUGUUAAUGGUCCCUAUGUGAUGGUUUAUCAUACAGGUGAUGUUAUUUUUCCUGUCCUAAUGAAAUUACGUACAACAUGUACAGUGAAUAUUCAAUAUUUUCCAUUCGAUCGACAAAUAUGUGGUUUAAAAUUUGCCUCAUGGAUAUAUGAUGUAUCAUUGAUUAAUUAUGAACUUGUUGCCAAUUCAAAUGAUCAAUAUCAAUCGGAAAGUAUAAGAAAUAGUGGUUGGGCGAUACUUGAUGUUAAACAAGGUCUUGUAUGGCGAACAAAAAAUAAUAGAACUUAUUCAGAAUUAGUUUAUGGUGUUCAUAUUCGUCGUCGUCCAUUGUAUUACAUAUUUAAUGUAAUAAUUCCAUGUGCUAUGCUGUCAUGUCUGACGUGUAUGUCAUUUUGGUUGCCGACAUCGUCGGGCGAAAAAGUAACACUUGGUUUAACUUGUUUUGUUGCAUUCUCGGUUUUUAUGCUUAUGGUCGCUGAGAAAGUUCCUGCAACAUCAGAUACAGUACCGAUUAUAGGUAUCUAUUUAACCAUUGUUAUGAGUCUAACAUCAAUCUCGGUUAUUAUGGCUGUGAUUGUUGCUAAUGUCUAUCAACAAGCUACAAUGUGUGCAUCAGAAAAUCAUCGUGCGCCAAAAUGUAUACACAUGUAUCCGAAUAUGAAAGUGACUCGAAAUCAUUCAUGGGAAAGUUGGGGUUUGAAUGGAUUUGUUACUGGUGCGCUUUUAAUCAUCAUCGGCAUUCUAACGCAAGUCCUUGAAUAUCCACGUAUUUAUAAUGGUCCUGCUAAUUACAAUAAUAAUCUUUAUACGAUGUCGAAUUAUUACAAUCAUUGGUGGCCAUGGACAUAUGCAGCUAGUUUAUUCGGCCUUUUUACUUUACUAGCUGGUAUUAUGGGAAUUUUAGCUGGUGUUCGAAGAAGUUAUGGAACUAUUUUAGGCUUUUCUAUUAUGUGUUUAUUCUCGACAUUAUUUGCUAUUUAUUUGAUUGUUUAUUUCGCCAUUAUUGUUAGAUUUUAUCAACAACAAAAGGGUGAAGCAGGUCAACUGACAAGUAUUCAUUCAACUUCCUAUAGUAUUACCGUAACACAAUUGGUGGUUGCAUCGUCGAAUGUUUUAGUUAGUUUGACGGCGACAAUACUUGCUGGACGUGCUAUUGCACUUGGUGUGCCCAAAGGUGUUUUUUUUGAUGAUGCCGAAUCGUCAGCAUCAUUUGGCCUUUCACUCGAGCCAAAUCCAUUUCCGGUAACAUCCAAUAAUAAUGAACUCAAUACGAAUUAUGAAAGUAUGAUUGAAAAUUUAUUAUUACAACAAGUCUUACUCUAUACACAAGAACGAUCGAAAAGUGCGCAUCGUUUAAGUUCACCAUCGUCAGCAGUCAAUUCUCUCUUAGUACGACAACAAAGUAACGCACAAAAUGAUCAAAAUUCAUUGUUAAAUUCUUCAAUAUACGAUAAUGACGAUGACGAGCCAACAUUAUGUCUUGUCGAAGCACGUCGACAAAAUUCAAGUGAUUUAAUUGAAAAUAUUCUCAGUCAAUAUACUCAACGUCAUGAUAGUCGUUCGAAUUUCGAUCAAAACUUAAUGGAGUUAAUUGUUAAGCGUAAUCGUGAACGUCGAAAAGUAUCAACAUUUGCAAAUAAUGUAUUUAAUUCUCGUCUACAAUGGCUUGCUAUAGGUCUUGUUAUAGAUCGUUUAUUUUUUUCUAUUUAUUUUGCAGCAACAGUCAUUUCAUAUUUGGUUACACUAUGGUUUAUACCUUUUUCUCAUCCAAAUUUAACAAUUAAUAUAGAUAAAUUAUAA